UGUGUUUUACGUACCACACUGUCGUUAAAACUUAAUUAUUUUUCUUCGUAGCAACCAUAAAAUUUUUGUUAUUUAUUCAAUAUUUGUAAAUAAUUUGUCUCAGAACGUUAAUAUUUUUCAAAUGAAAUAAUUUUUUUCGCAGGCCAUUGAUUUCAAAAAGAAAAAAUAAAAAUGUCUAAUCCAGAAGAAAUUAAGUUAAUGAAAAAUGAUGUUCUUCAAAAUAUACAGGCAUCUGAUAAAGAUGAUGAAAAAGAUUUCGAAAUUUUUCAAACAAAAGUAGAAGCCGUACAAAAAAUUUUAGAACAAAUGAAUAGUCCCGACCAAAAUGAACAAAUCGAAGGUUUAAAGGAAGCUGAUAGGAUGUUAGGAAAUGUUAACGAUGUCGACAAUGAAGAUUCAUUUAUUGUGAAAUAUCGUGAUGACCGAACUGUAAUCAAUAAAGCAGCAUGGAAAGAUGAAACAAAAGUUGAAAUGGAUCAGUUCACAUUUAUGAGACAAGUUGAAGAGGAUGCAAAACAAAGAACCGAAACACGUCGUGAAAAUGAAAUGAUUGCAAAUAACUUUCGACAACUUGGCAAUGAAGCAUUCCGUAAACAAGAAUACGAAAAGGCAAUUAAUCAUUAUACGAAAGCAAUUGAUCAUGUUAAAGACAGUCCGAUCUUAUACUGUAAUCGUGCUUUGACUUACAUCAAAUUAAAAUUAUUCAAACGUGCAAUCAACGAUUGUGAUUUUGUUGUAAAUAAAUUGGAUGAAAAGAAUUUGCGCAGCUGGUUAUAUCGUGCAACAGCAUAUUUAAAUCUACAUGAUGAUCAAAACUAUGAAAUGAGUAUUAAAAUGGCAAAAAAAAAUAAUUCAAAAGAGAUCGAAUAUAUUGAUGACUACGUUCAAAAAUUAAAAUUAGAA